AUGUUCAGCCUCAUCCGACGCAUUUCCUACGGCGUAAUACCACGACCAGAUAGACCUUGGGAAGACGAUCCAACUUCCAACGCCCCACGUACGCGCCGAAAACGCCGCUUAAGCUCAACGGAGAGGGAGGCGGAGGUGGAGGAGGAGGAGGUGAAGAGGAAGAAGAAGGCGCGCGGGGACAGUGCCACCCCCGGACCCACAUUGGAUUUAGACUUGGACAAUGGGAAUGGGGAUGCGCAGCCUGAGCCUGAGACGCAGGAAGUGAAGGAGGUCACGAAGGGCGUGCAGGAGGUUGAUUUGCAGGGCGAGACUCCGGAGAAGGAAGAAGAAGGUGAGGUUACGGCGCUGGAACUGGAACCGGAGAGCGUGCCGUUGCCUGAAGAGACGUCCCCUGGGGAGUUGGAUGAGCCGGGUUCUGAUGCGUCUACCCCACCAACGACGACGGAGGUUGUGGAUGAGGAAGAGACGACGGGACCUAUAGAUGCCAGCGAAACGGUUCCGGAGAGUCAGAAAGUUGAAGGCAUGGAGGAGGCGACGACGGAACAGAAUAAAGUUGAAGGCAUGGCGGUGACGACGGAGGACAAAGUUGAGGAAACGAAGUGAAGCGAUGUUGUACGAACUGUGAUACCCUUGUCAUUUAUUGGAUUUAUCGACUGAUCUUG